UGACGAUUCGCCACCGGUCAGUGUUGCUCGAAGUAGUGGCGUGUGAGGUUACGAGUCGUUCAGCUGUUCGUUGUACCUAGCUCCUGUUCGGUUAAUGGAAGGUGGCUGCUGAGUGUUGAUCAUCGUUCUAACUUUGACGCGUGACGCAGAGCGUUGCAUCGCACCGAGCUGUUCACUGCAAGCUUGCUUGUGGGCCCCCACUUAUACCUUAGCUUGAACAUCUUAUCUAUUAAAGUUAACAUGAGUCUGGAGUUCCAGCUCGUAGAUGAGCUACGAGAGAAGCUUCAAGAAGCCAACCUCACCAAGGAACAGAUCUCGAAGAUCGUACCACCGACGCUGCUGAAGCGACACCAGCACUCGUUGCCCGCCUAUGAGGUCAACAGCUACAAGAAGCUAAAGGAAGAAGCGCAUCGUCGCCUCAACCCUCAACUGCCACCUGCAAAGCCUAAGAUCCCGAGAGGGCAACAGAAGCGCUACCUGCAGGAGUUUCAGGACGCUAAGGCUGCUGGAAAGUUCGCACAUCUGAGCGAAGAAACACUCAAGCAGCUCGAGGAGGAAGUUAAGGCUGCCGCAACAGACGCUGAGAAGGCCCCACAGCUCCAAGAGUUCCUACAAGCCACCCAAGAGGAGGCAGGCUCCAGCGAAGCUUGCUCGCCGGAACAUCUACAGCCUCGUCCUCAGGACGCGCCCGCAUCUGAUCAGUCGUCUGCUGCUCCCGUUGAGGAAGUAAUCCCACCUCCCCCCGAGUUUCCCUCUGACCCGUGGCAAGCUUUCAUCGACUACAUGGCUGCGAAACCUGAAGCCACGCUGCCCAUCCCGGGCUCCGAGGGUCGAGUCCUCGAGCGCGGCAAAUACAAGGGCAAGGGCAUCGCCGUCUUCACCAGCGGCGGCGACUCAUUUCGUAUUAGUAGCAGUAACGUGUUGCAGGGCAUGAACGCAGCCGUGCGUGCCGUGGUCAGAAUGGGACUGUACGUGGGCGCGCGCGUUUUCUUCAUCCGUGAAGGCUACCAGGGCAUGGUGGAUGGCGGGGACGCCAUCUGUGAAGCCUCAUGGUCUUCCGUGUCCGGUAUCAUACAUAAGGGCGGUACUGUGAUCGGAUCAGCUCGUUGCAAGGACUUCAGAGAGCGCAGUGGUCGACUGAAGGCCGCUAAGAACCUCAUCAACAACGGCAUUACGAACCUGUGCGUGAUAGGCGGAGACGGCUCCCUCACCGGCGCCAACCUCUUCAAGGAUGACUGGCCCGCCCUCCUGCAGAUUCUUGUCAAGAACGGUGAGAUCACUGAGGAGCAAAGCUUGAAGCACUCGCAUCUGAACAUCGUUGGCAUGGUAGGCUCAAUUGACAACGACUUUUGUGGCACGGAUAUGACCAUCGGCACGGACUCUGCCCUGCACCGUAUCAUGGAGGCCGUCGAUGCCAUCGCGGCCACGGCCUACAGUCACCAGCGCUGCUUCAUCCUCGAGGUCAUGGGACGACACUGCGGUUACCUGGCGUUGGUUGCCGGCCUCACGUCCGAGGCCGACUACAUUUUUAUCCCAGAAUAUCCGCCUCCGCAGAACUGGGAGGACAAACUCUGUGAUAAGCUGCAGCAGGAGCGAGCAAUGGGCCAGCGUUUGAACAUCAUCAUCGUGGCUGAAGGCGCGAUCGACCAGCAAGGCCAGCCCAUCUCUGCUGAAGAUGUCAGGAAGGUUAUCGUCAACAAGUUGGGAAUGGACACGCGGAUCACGGUGCUUGGCCACGUGCAGCGCGGUGGUGCUCCUUCCGCCUUCGAUAGGCUUCUCGGUUGCCGCAUGGGAGCUGAGGCCGUUCUUACGCUCAUGGAGGCGACGCCUGAGUCAGAACCUUGCGUGGUGUCGCUGGACGGCAAUCAGACGGUGCGCGUGCCUCUGGUGGGCUGUGUGCUCAAGACGCAGGCUGUGGCGCGGGCCAUGCACGACCAUCAGUGGGAGGAAGCCGUCAAGAUGAGGGGACGAAGCUUCGCUCGCAACCUCGAGACCUACAAGAUGCUCACCCGCCUCAAGCCUCCCAAACCUGCUGAGGGAGAUAAGGCGAAUGGUGGUACAGCUACUCUCAAGAGGCAAGACACGCUCUGGAACAGAGACAGCAGCCACGGCGGCUACAACCUGGCCGUGAUUCACGUGGGUGCCCCCGCCUGCGGGAUGAACGCAGCGGUGCGGUCGUUCGUACGUAACAGCAUAUACCGCGGCGACACCGUCUACGGCAUACACGACGGCUUCGAUGGCCUCAUCGAAGGAAACGUAAAGGAGAUGUCCUGGGCAGAGGUGACCGGUUGGAUCGGCCAGGGUGGUGCCUUUUUGGGAACCAAACGCUCUCUGCCGGAAAAGAAUCUCGAAGUGGUGGCAGAAAGGUUCCGGGAAUAUAAGCUUCACUCGUUGUUGCUCAUCGGAGGUUUUGAAGCAUACAAUAGCUUGGUGCAGCUCUACGAAGCUCGAGGAAAAUAUAAGGAGUUCUGCAUCCCCAUGGUGGUCAUCCCUGCUACGAUCAGCAACAACGUGCCUGGCUCCGACUUUAGUCUUGGCUGCGACACAGCGCUCAACGAGAUCGUUGAGAUAUGUGACCGCAUUCGGCAGUCAGCGCAAGGUACCAAGCGACGUGUGUUUGUCGUCGAGACCAUGGGUGGUUACAGCGGCUACCUCGCUACUCUAGCUGGUCUCGCAGGCGGUGCUGAUGCCGCAUACAUCUAUGAGGAGCCUUUUGGCAUCCAGGAGCUGCAGCUGGACGUGUGCCACAUGGCCGCCAAGAUGGCGGAGGGUGUGCAGCGCGGACUAGUGCUCCGCAAUGAAAAUGCCAACGAAAAUUACACUACAGACUUCAUUUACAGGCUCUUCUCGGAGGAAGGCAAAGGCCUCUUCAGCUGCAGACAAAACAUUCUAGGUCACAUGCAGCAAGGCGGCUCCCCUAGCGUCUUCGACCGCAACAUGGGCACGAAGAUGGCUGCUAAGUGCGUCACGUGGCUGAUGGACACCAUGGCCAAGUAUCGCAAGGAAGAUGGAACUGUCUAUUGUGACGAUGCCAACACCGCUGUCCUGCUGGGUCUUCAGGGCAGGUCUUAUGGGUUCAAGCCGGUAUCAGAGCUGAAGGCCCUGACUGACUGGGAACGCCGCAUCCCCAAGUCCCAGUGGUGGAUGUUCAUGCGUCCUCUGCUCAGAAUCCUGGCGAAACAUGAGGCUGCCUACCAGGAGCAAGGCAUAAACGUCAAGGAGGUCGAGGAGGCGCUUGACUAAACCUCUGCCCUUGAAUAAUCAAGACAUUGUUAGUGCUAUGCUUCUAUAAGUUGAAUUAGAAUUUCCUUUCUUUGAAAAAUUACAGCAUUAUGAUAGUAGAGUAGAAAAGGUCAUUGAAUGUUUUAUUGUAGGUAACUUUUGAGUUGUAGUCUAUUAUAAUUACUGUUGCAAUACUUGAACAAUGCCAUGUAUGAGACUAUUGGAAACAACUUUAUGUAUCAUUGCACCCGACUUUAUUGGUGGCUGUGUGCUCGCUAAUGUGGUGCAAUGUUAGCUGCUAGUCAUCUUGUACAUUUGUGGGAAGAGCAGCUGGUAUAAGUGGGGAAAUUAUAUCAUUUGUUUAAGUUACUCUUAUCCAAUUUCUGAUGGUCACAAAUUAAGCCUCUGUGUUAAUUAUUGUAGAAUGUUAUAUCUUCCUGAUUCUAUUUGGUUUGUUUCGGAAUUUUCGUUGAGUUGUCUCAGGCUUCACGUGAUCAAUUUUGCUUCUAAGAUGUGCAGUAUUGUGCGUUGUUGCUAGAGUCGCAGCAUGGCUUCUUGUUACUAACGGCAAUUUUAGUCUUCAGCGAAUUUUCUUGGAUUUAUUUACUUUGAGGAGACAUUUUCUGUGAACUCAAUAAUAUCACAAUACUUAUGUUUAAAUUCUAGAGGUGGCUUAAUAUAUAACAGUUGGAGCUGUUACCGUGUGCAAUGUUCGAUUAAGAUGCGAAAAUAAUAUAUAUAUUAUUAAUUGAAUUUACCCUAUCUAUUACUUUGUUUCUUUAUGAUUUUCAGUUGCUUAUUGUUUGUUUAGGUUUUGGAUUUUUGCUCUGAGUUGUGGUGGGUAGUAGUCAAGGCGACUCCAAUUUCAUUAAUACAUAUACCCGUGGAAAGAGCUAGGCUAGAAAUCGAAAGUAACCUGGAUUUAAAGAGGUCUCUAAGCAUCGUUGAUCAUCUAGAGAAAUUGAAAUCCCAUGCCCUGAGCAAUGCUAUUUUUUUCAACUUUCAUCCAAAUGUUUGAUUUCUUUUCGUCGUGCUCAUAUAUAUCGAAGGAGGUAAAAAUUUCAUGUAAGCUAUCUAGUUACAGUAAAAAUUUGAGCUUUAUGUUAUCAUAACUGAUAUUCUGAUGGAUAUUAGUAAACUCUUGAUUGGA